AUGGUCUGUCCAACUUUAUGUCACACCAAUUUCACCAAAAAUGAUGAAUUGGCACUUCUUGCUCUCAAAAUUUCUGUGAGAGACCCAUUCAACCACUUGGCUAAUUGGUCUAACUCUUCCUCCAUUUGCAAUUGGGUUGGGGUUACUUUUGAUUCUGAAGUCACAAGUGGGGAACUUGACCUUCAUAAUAACAGCUUUCAUGGUGAGUUACCGAAGGAGCUGCUGCAGCUACACAAGAUGAAAAUUCUCAACCUUAGCUAUAAUGACUUUGAUGGGAAAAUUCCAGCUUGGAUUGGAAGUUUAUUUUCUCUUCAACACCCAAUCUUUCGAUAUAAUAGUUUUCAGGGUGUUAUUCCUCCAAGCGUAUCAAAUUUGUCAAAAUUAGAGACCUUGGAUUGGACUAAGAAUUUCAUCCAUGGAUGUAUUCCACUUGAGAUAGGAAGGCUUCAACAUUUAAAGAUUUUACAUAUAGCAGGGAACAAUCUUUCAGGAAAUAUACCUCCAACUAUUUCUGGCUUAUCGUCACUUGAGCUGAUGUCUUUGUCAUUAAACUCCUUAAAAGGCCAUAUACCAAAAGGCAUUGGCAACUUGAGUAAGCUUCACUUUUUAUAUCUCCAUUACAAUAACUUGGAAGGAAAUAUUCCAAGGAGCUUCGAAAACUUGACAAUGCUAGAACAGUUGGAUCUUUUCCAAAAUAACAUGGAAGGUACAAUACCUGCACAAAUAGGCAAUCUUUAUAUGCUUGAGCGGCUUGCGUUGGGCAAUAACAAAUUGAGGGGAUCUAUUCCGUUGGAAAUUCUUAAAAUAUCAACUUUGCGAGUGUUGGCACUUCAAAAUAAUUCUUUAUCAGGUAACCUUACAUCAGAUUUGGAUGUGGCCUUCCUGACCUAG